AUGCGUGUUUCUGAGACCUUCUUCUUCUUAACUGCCCUUUGUGCAAGCACGACCCUUGCUACGCCUGUGGCUGAGCCUGGCUAUUCCAAGCUAGAGCGGCGUGGCGCCGAGGUUCACCAUGAUUCCAUUAAUGCCCUGGCGCAAAACUUGGACAACUCUGCCACUGCCAAGACCGUCAAGACAUUUCAACCAAGCUUGUAUAUUGACAGUGGAUGCCAACCUUAUCCUGCCAUAGAUGACAAAGGUAAUUGGAGUGGCGGCGAAAAUCCAAGUGGUAGUCCCUCUGGUGGCUGCCGAGACCUGACGAAGGCUCAGGUAUAUGAGCGUGGCGGCUGGCAUAAUGGAGCCUACGGUAUCAUGUAUGCGUGGUACAUGCCUAAGGACCAAGGAGGCGGUUCUUUAGGACUAACUGGUCAUCGACAUGACUGGGAAUGCAUCGUUGUCUGGGUUAAUAAUCCAGCAGUGGCAAACCCUACAGUCCUUGGCAUUUCAACUUCUGCGCACGGCAAAUUCCCAGAGAAGGAAUCUGGGGCACUAAAGGAUGUUAUGCCAGGGACGAAACACCCUAAGAUUAAAUAUUACCAGGACACAGCCGUUGUUGGCACCCACAGCGUCCAUACGACUGGUAAUGAGGGCAAAUAUCAGCCCAUAAUUGGCUGGGACUUCAUGAAUAGCGCCAUGCGUUCCACUCUCAACACUGUCGACUGGGGAGAAGCCAACUGCCCAAUUAAUGAUGCCAACUUCAACAACAAUUUAGGCAAGGCCGCCCUUUGA